CCAGCUGAGUCUCCAAAUUCCUGCCACUUCUUCUUAUUUGAGAUUUUUCUUGCAUUCUUACCGCUUACUGUAGUGGAGGACAGAGGAUUGUGGGAAGUGGCGUUUUUUUGUUUUUUUUUGGACGGACCAAUUAGAAAGCAGUCGAAAAGCUUGGUACCUAGGCAACAAAUGUAAACAUUGGAAGGACGGGAAUAUUCCCUCUCCUCUGAAAUUAUACAUGAAAAGGACCCCAACAGCUGGUAUUGUGGAUUCAGCACAUGAUCUGUAACACCAGAUGAAGUCAUGCACGCACACAUAAGAAGAAGGAACACUUCUCAAGGGCAGCACAGCUUUGCAGGGCAAAGACAUGGCAUGCCUAAUAGGGAAGCAGAUGCAGUAAAUCAUCCAUUUCCAGACAAGCCCGUCAGCCACAUAAGAUCUAUCAGGUCACAAGUUGCACACAAUUUGGAUGAUUUUGAAAACAAAGUUUCAACACAACCAAUAGCUCCUUUGCUGCCCCAGAAGCAUUAUUCAGAUGGCAUCACAGGGACCAUCAGACCCUCACACAGACUGCCCCAUGGAGAGCAGCAGAUGGCUAAAGCAAUCCGGGCAAAAGAACUCAUGCUACAGGAGAAGCUCUGGAAAUUUGAAGACACACUAAGACAAAGGAUCCAGAGGGACAGUGCUGACAGUGCUGGAGGUAAUGAGAAAAAGAGAUGGGAGGUGGGAUACAACAGAGGACAAGCUCAGAUGCAAAAAGCUCAGACAAAUACCAGGAUACCUGAGCUUCAGUUUGGAGAGCCAGCACGAGGCAGAGAUAAAGUGACACAAGAUAGAAGGCAUGUUGAUUUUCAGCAACCUGGACAUAAACAAGAUCAGAGGACUGAGGACAGAAUGAGGCAUACAAAGGAAGCACAGCAGGUAGUUUCAGAAGCUUUUCAGCCAAACAGAAAAGCAAAUAAAAGCACUCAAGAGAUCAUAUUUAACAAGCAAGAAGUGAACGGAGAGCUGAACAGAUCAAGAUGGCAGAAUGUGAAAGAGCACACCAGAGGAAAAGAAGGCCAUAAAGAUGGUGGCAUUCAGGGAGAAGCAGAGAAAAUAAAAUACAGUGAAAAAAAUAUGGCUUCUGUCGGCAACUCAGGGUGGAUGAGAGAAAAUAAACACAGAGGGAGGAUGCAUAAGGAACAAGACAUACCUCAGAAGAGUCUACAGAGAACUGCUUGUACAGUGCCUUCUGAAAACCAUAGACAUGCAACUCUUCCAUCGGAUUCUAGUCCUUCACAUUGUAGUGGACCACAGCAGGGGGAGCUCAUGCUCACGGAGAGCACACAAGUCAGCCGCCAGCUUUUUCUUUGCAGAGUCUGCAGCCGAAAGUUUGCAAGUGAAAGAUUAGAGAAGCACGUCCAAAUAUGUGAAAAGGUGAAGAAGUCACAUCGGCAAGUCUUCAACUCAUUCAUUAAUAGGACCAAAGGAUCAGUGUUAGAGGAAUACCUGAAAACAAGCAGCAGAAGCAAGAGUCCAGAGGCUUUAAAGAAAAAGACGGGAACACAAAACCGCAAGGGAAAUAUAAGCAAUCUGCCUCAGGCUCGGCUCCAAGCUGCCACCUCACAGCCAAAGAGAGCCUCAAGCAUCAGCACAUCAGAAGUCAGUUACUAGUUUGAUCACUUUGGGCUGGCAUUUAAAGAUUUCCCUCUUAACUACGCAGAAUUGUCUAAUAUAUGUUUUACAAGCAUGUGUUGACAUCAAUAAACAGUAA